AUGCUACAAUUUUUUUCUCUUUUUGUUAUUCUAAUAAUCUGUAGGCAACAAGCAAGAUCAGUGAAUUCAAAAAGAAAUCAAGGUUUGCCAACAACGUUGCAAACAACCCCGAAACACUCUCCUUCCGGCACCGAACUCGCACCACACGACAACGAAGCCGCCGGCCAAGUACUUCCACGCACGGACCAGCACCGCCGCGUCAUCACCAACCAUUCCUCCUUCCGCUGUAACUUCAGAUCAACACCGACUCAGCCACUAUCCACCACCACGCACAAAACUAUAGACGCGACAUCGCCUUACCAGCUACAGCCGAUCGCGUCCCCAUCAUUCCCAUAUCCGGCCAUCAUGCCAAUUCCACCGUCAUUUGAAGAUGUUUGGAGGUGUUAA